AUGUCGGCUGUGAAGAAGUUCUUCGCGCCGAUGCGCAUGUCCUUGACAUCGGCCCUUGUUAUAUCAGUCUGUGUUGUCGACUCGGUCACCAUAGCCUAUGACGGAUCCCUCAUGGGGUCACUGAACGUCAUGCCCAGCUACAACAAGUACUUCGAAAUCAGCAGCCGAACACAGGGAAUCAUGUCGGGCGCAACCUUUGCUGGUGCCUGUGUUGUUGCACCUAUGACUAGUAAGCUCAUCAAUUAUAAAGGUCGAAAACUCGGCAUCCUCAUAUCUGCCCUCAUGAACAUCCUCGGCGCCGCGCUGGGCGGGGCUGCUCAGAACAUGCCCAUGUUUAUUGCUGCUCGUGUUAUUGUUGGUAUGGGUGUGGGUAUUGCCCAAACGUCAGCCGCCAGUUAUGUCAGCGAGACAACGGCCCCUGAUAUUCGUGGCUUUGCUCUUGGAAUGUAUUUUACCUGCUGGGCCCUCGGAUCCUUCCUUGCUACAGGAGUUUGUCGCGGUGCUACCAACCUGGAACCGUCGAAUUGGGCAUGGAGACUCCCAAGCCUCCUUCAAGGUGCCAUUCCAUGCAUGGUCAUUUGCGUCCUCUUCUUCGUUCCCGAGUCACCCAGAUGGCUCUGUUACAGUGGUCGUGAGGAAGAAGCUCUUCAGUCAUUGGAGCUUGUCACUGGGGCACACCGAGACUCACCGGUCGUCCAGGCCCAGCUUCGUGAAAUAAUUGACACUCUUGAAUACGAAAGGACCUUCAGCCACGGAAUAGACUUCCGUGAGACCUUUCGGACACCCGCUAACCGCAGGCGCGUGUUGCUUGCCGUCUCCGUGGGCCCUCUCGCCAUGCUUACUGGAUCAAAUGUCAUCACUUACUAUUUUGGAACCAUGCUUUCCCAGGCUGGGAUCACAAGUGAGACGAAACAACUGGAGAUCAAUCUUGGACUCUCUGCUUGGCAAUUCAUAGCUGCUUUGACUGGAUCCCUUCUAGCCGACCGUAUUGGUCGCCGUGGUCUUGCACUCAUCAGUCUGGGCACAUGCACCAUCUUCUUCUAUAUACUCGGCGGACUCACGGCGGCCUAUGGCGAGUCAGAGAACAAACCUGGAGUGUAUGCCACCGUUGCGACCAUUUAUCUAUACCUUGGCGCCUACUCCUUCGGAAUUACCCCUCUGACAAGCAUGUACGGCCCCGAAGUCCUCUCAUAUAGUAUACGUGCUUCGGGUAUUGCUUGCUAUGCUGUGGGAAGCGAGCUAAGCGGCUUCUUCGUUACUAUGGUGUUUCCCAUCAUGUUCGACAAUAUUGGAUGGAGGACGUACAUGAUUAACGCAUCAUGGAAUGUGCUACUGUGGAUAUUUGUAUACUUCAUGUGGGUCGAGACUAAAGGCCUCACGCUUGAGGAAGUCAGUGAGAUUUUCGAUGGCCAGAAACACUCUACUCCUCCAGAUUUGGCCGAAAUUCAGGACAAGGAGGCAGGAAUAGUCAUCACGACUUCGGCAACAGAUAUGGCUUGA